UGGGGAGGGAGACUCGGUCAAAGAAGCUAUUUUAUGGACGACUCAAUCAGUUCGACUCACUGGACACGGAUGUACGUAGACUCUGCUCGCUUAAAAUCCAGCUUUCUGCUGCUCUUUUCUCACUCCAUAUCCUGGUCUGCUCGAACACACAAGUCGAUCUAUCAGUUUUUUCAGGUAGCGGAAUUAAUUCACCGUGUACGGGUACACUCAAGAAUGAGAUACCAUAAGCAUCGACCAGAGAAGGAGGUGGGGGAUCCGGAUAUUGAGGGGCAAAUUCACAGCGGAACAGUUCAAAAGUGGAUUGUCAACAUUCUUCACCCAGAGGGAGAAUUCCUUCGAAUCUGGAAAUUGAUUUUCUUAGUGUCGUGCGUGUUUUCGGUAUCAGUCGACCCUUUGUUCUUUUACCUUCCGGUGAUUAAUGAUGAAAAAAAGUGCGUUGCUCUUGAUAGAAGAUUACACGUCAUAAGUAUUUGUUUGCGAAGUGUCCUGGACUCGAUUUCGCUAGGAAAUAUCAUUUUGCAAUGUUGUUGUCCAUAUAUAGACGAGAACGCUCGUCCACAUGAAGGACAGGAUGGAGUACUAGUUACAGAUGCUUGGCCAAUAGCAAAGAGGUACUUGUGGUCACCCUCAUUCGUGAUUGAUGUCCUGUCCAUUCUUCCAAUCCCACAGAUGGUAGUUCCAAUUAUUUUUUCAGAAAUGAGAGGUUCCAAUGGUUUGAACACAAGAAAAGUGCUGAACGCCGUUGUCCUAUCCCAAUAUGUGCCAAGAAUAACUCGUAUCUAUCUGUCUUGGAGAAAAUUCAGGAAGAAUACCACCCUCCCUGUAAUUACCAUAGCGGUGAAAGCUGGAUUCAAUUUGUUUCUGUAUAUUGUUGCCAGUCAUAUACUGGGUGGUCUUUGGUACUUUUUCUCCGUCGAGCGAGAGACCGCUUGCUGGCACCUCGCCUGUGAAAGUCAUAGUGAUAAAUGUGUUCCAAGUUCUUUUGCCUGUAACCACGGAAGUUUUGGCAAUUACACAUUUUUAAACGAUUCUUGUCCAAUAGAAACCCCAAAUACAACGGUCUUUGAUUUUGGAAUAUUCCAAGGAGCACUUCAAUCUGGUACAGUGGCAUCCAUGGAUUUUCCGCGAAAGAUCUUGUACUGCUUUUGGUGGGGCCUUCGAAAUUUGAGUUCUUUCGGUUCAAACCUUCAAACAAGUACGCAUUUCUGGGAGAACGGCUUCGCAGUUUUAACUUCCGUCUCUGGCUUGCUUCUGUUUAUGUGCUUCCUUGGACAUUUGCAGAUGUAUAUGCAGUGGGAGGCAUCUAGGCAGUUGGAGGAAGCUAAUCAAGUUGAGGAAUAUGGGCGGUGGCGGCAAUAUGAGAUGGAAGCCAAAAAAGGGAAAACACAUGCGUGGAUAGUCAGAAAUCCACGGCUUAAAGAAAUAGGAAAGCAGAUCAUGUCCCAAGUAGACCGAAUGUUUGCAGAAAAUAAAGAUAUUGAUGCAGAGAAUCCGUUACCUUAUCUUCCCAUUUUCACUAGAAGAGAUAUUCUGCGCCGUCUCUGCUUACCCCUACUACGGAAAGUGCCACUUCUUCAAAAUGAGAGUGAAGAUGUGUUGAAAUUGAUUAGCAGCGACUUUCUCAAGCAAGUGUACUACAAUGAGAACAGUUACAUUGCUCGGGAGGGAGAACCACUUGAUGCGUUGCUCUUCAUCACGCAAGGCAUCGUAUGGACCUAUACAACUAGUCCUGAUAAUCGUCAAACUGGGUUUAUUACAACCGAUGACUUCUAUGGAGUUGAACUGCUAGAAUGGGUGUUCAAGUCCCCCUUCGUGCCGGACCCAUCCAACCUCCCGUUCUCGACCAGGACUCUCAGAUGCCAUACAAAAGUUGAAGCUUUCGCUCUUACGGUCGGCAACAUACAGCAUAUGCUAUAUAAAUACUGGUGGAAGUUUAGCAAUAUCAGAGGGAUAAGCGACUCCAAUUUGGUGGAAAAUUUUGCCGCAUCAAACGUUCAGGCAGCGUUUCGCCGCUGGCAACACGCUCGUCAAAUGAUGAUACAUGGUGAGUCUGGCCAGAAGACUAAGAAGACCGCAAGUGCCGAAGAUAACACUACUUAGGCACAAUCUUAAAAGUUAAAGACUGCUUAAAAUCGACGACAGGCUGUUAGAUGUACCACUUCAAAUUUUAUGCUAGUCGUUUUCAGUGAAUGGUUAGAUCAGUAGAU